CCGUCUACGCCCUGCAGGCUUUCAUCACCUUCAUUUCUCACCAUCACUUGGCCCUGCCUCGUCGUCGUGCAGAGCGCUGAAGACGCUCCUGCUUCCUCUCCUUACCACAGGCCAUGGCCUCCCAAACGUCUCAGGCGGUCAGCUCUGGCGAGCUCACCGACCUGGUCUCUUCUUCGACGUCUGCAACCGUAUACCCCUCCGACGACACUGUGCUCGCCGUUCUCCAAGCACGCUUUCGCCAGGACCUGCCCUAUACUAGAAUAGGCGCGUCGCACCUCGUCGUCGUCAACCCAUACAAGACGCUUGCCAACGCCAACGAUGCCAGUGCGAAGGAUUACGAAGAGCGUAGUUACAAGGACACGAGCCUUCCCCUCCCUGGUGGGCCACCACCCCUGCCGCCACAUCCGUUCGAUUUAGCUGCGAGGGUAUAUCUGCUGAUGAGGAGAAGAAACGAGUCGCAGUCGAUCAUCUUCCGAGGCAUUACGGCGGCUGGCAAGAGCUACGCUUCAUCACUUGCCAUUAAUCAGGUCCUCCGGCUCUCCUCGCACUCGAAAAAGGAGGCGAGGCUAGCUGAGCAGAUCACGGCCCUCACACCACUGCUCGACUCGUUUGGGAACGCCAAGACCCUUGCGAACCCAAAUGCUUCACGUCAUGGACGCUAUCUCGAACUCCACUUCAACGAUCGUGGACGUAUUAGCGCCGCCAAGGUGCUCACGUACGCCCUUGACAAGUCUCGUCUGAAUCGUCUGUCUUUCGAGGAGCGUACAUACCACGUGUUCUACCAGUUCCUCGCAGGAGCGACCCCAGAGGAACGUGAUCAGUUCAACCUCGAGGACGUCUCCGACUACGCACUACUCGCUUCCUCGGGGUGCUACCGGUUACCUGCAGGCCCGUUUAGCGACGAUGCGAUAGCCAUGGAAGAUCUGCGUGCGGCCAUGAGGACUCUCGGAUUCAAAGCCAAGCACCUCUCUUCUAUAUUUAGCUUACUGGUCGCGAUCCUUCUCCUUGGGAAUGUGCAGUUCACAGAAUCGGACGGGCGCGAUGUCUCCGCGUAUGUGGCUAACAUGCAGGUGCUCGAAGAAGUGUCGCGGCUGCUGGGCGUGCCGCUUGAUGAGCUCGCUGAGGCACUCACCAACAAGACGAACUACGUUCGUAAAGAGCUGUAUACGGUGAUGCUGAAUGCAGAGCAAAGUAUGGCUCAGCGUGACUCGCUCAUGAGGGACCUCUAUGCCAUCCUCUUCGCUUUCGUUGUCGAAACCGCCAACUACAAAAUCGCUUCCUCUCCUCAGGACCCUCCACCGACCUCUCAGAUUAUCUUACUGGAUCAACCAGGACACCAGACAAAGGGUCCUCUCGGGAGCGCAUCCGUGUACUUCGGAGGCCCUGCCCCGCUGUUAUCUGCAAAUGGGCAGUCCGGCUUCGACGAGUUCUGUAUCAAUUUUGCAGACGAGCUGGUGCACUCAUAUGCGUUGCGAAACGCAUUCGAGGACUCCGUCGGGUACAAUGGCGAGCUCACUCGAGAUGGUAUAUCCUUGCCUGCGAUCACCACGAUGGACAACUCGGCGUGCAUCGAGAUGUUGCGCGGAGCACAGCUGAGCGAGCGGGCACACAAGAAGCCUGGAGGCAUGCUGGGCAUAAUGAACAAGGCAUGUUCGUCUUACAAGUCAGGAAAGAGCGGAGAGAAGAAGGACGAGGAACUUGUGCAGGAGCUUGUUGCCAAGUACGGCUCGCAUGCCUCGUUUGAUGCCAACCCUCCCGAGCAAUCCCCUGCCAUGAUAUUCGGCGUGAACCACUAUGCCGGUCCGUGCUCGUACGAUGCUCGUUCGUUUGUGGAGAAGGACACGGACAUCUUGGAUUCGGCGUUCGUCUCCCUGCUACGCAACUCUACUGAUUCGUUUGUCUCGAAGCUCAUGUCCGGUCCGAGCAUGGCGACUGAGAGACACUCCAAGGACGAGAGCAUUAUUGUCCAGGCACAAGUAUCCUCGCGUCCUCUCCGCCAGCCAACACCCAUACGCUCCCGCGACGGUUCGCUCCCCUCAGAGUCUGAUGAGCAUGCGCGCCUUGACCCUUCAAAGGUCUACCCCAUAACGACACAGAUCAAUCAUGAUAUGUCCGAGAUCAUGGCGAGCCUCGACAGGACGCACCUUUGGAUGGUCUCCUGCAUACGGCCGAACGAUUCUGGCUCAUCAAAUUCGUUCGACAAGCGGCGAGUCAAGGCCCAGGUCCGAGCGUUGCUGCUGCCAGAUUUUAUCUCGCGGCGGAAGACGGAUUUCAUGGUGGACUUCGAGCAUUCAGCGUUCUGCGACAGGUACGUGCCGACAAUGCGCGGGUCAGAGGCAGAACGUAUCAGGCAGUGCGCACAGGCGAAUGGAUGGCAAGAAGGCGUAGACUAUGCCGUCGGUCACCGUUCCAUCUGGCUCAGAUACUUCGCGUGGAAGAUGGUCGAGGAUGUAUUGCGGACAAUUGAAAAGGAGCAGAAGAAGGGCUCGAGAGAGGGUGGAGAUGAGGACGAGAGCGUAUUGCCGGACGAUGCCACGGAGAUGACGGGCCACGAUACUGCCUCUGCGAUGCCUUCCGGGUACUACGGUGCAGGCGGUAGCGACGACAAUCUGCUGUUGGAUCGUGCUGGAACGAACGACGCUCGCUUCCGCUCCCCCAACAUGUCUGGCGGAUAUAAGCAGGUCGGAUUGUCGAUGCCUCAAGCGGAAGAAACAGUCCGCAAUGAUGUAGAGGGAUGGUCGGAGUGGGAUAGGAAGGGCGAGUACGAUGCGACGCCAACGCUCGAGCAGUCGAAGGAGGCUAGCUCGAUGAUUGUCAAGGACGGACCCCAUGCAGUAGAGGAGGUCCCGUCCAGCCGGUCGCGUCGAUGGUGGCUGGCCAUCGUGUGGAUUAUCACUUGGUGGAUGCCAUCGUGGUGUCUAUCUAGGGUUGGUCGGAUGAAGCGUCCCGAUGUUCGGCUGGCUUGGAGAGAAAAGGUGGCGAUUUUCGUCCUCAUUUGGCUGCUGAACGGCAUCGUGCUGUUCUAUGUCAUCGGGUUCGGCCACCUGCUUUGCCCGGACUACGACAAGGUUUGGAACACGAAUGGGCUGGAGGGUUAUACGGGUGACAACGAUUACUACGUCGCCAUCCAGGGUAACGUGUACGAUGUCUCCAACUUUAUUCAGGGAGAUCACAGCGAUAUCACGAGCGAGGCAAGCAACGGCGAAACUACGUUGGAGACGCUGGCCGGUACGGACCUGACGUACUAUUUUCCUCCUCCCCUCACGCUCGCAUGCCCCGGCCUUGUCUCGGACGACUUACUGUACCUGGCCACGCCGGAGAAUUGGACGGAGUCGAUCCCCACCGCAAUGCAUGUGUCUGGUGCGCGGCAGUCGGUCACGACGAGCAAGCUGCAUGACGACGACUGGUACACGCAGACGUUCCAGCCGAAGAUCAAGCAGUACUACAUUGGCAAGUAUGUGUUUUCCAAGGCCGAUAUCUAUAAUGAGGCUCAGGAUGACGACGUACGAUACUGGGCCAUUUGGGAUGGCAGCGUCUACGAUCUCACCUCGUACUUCCAGACCCUCACGAAUGAGGACGACAACAGCAUGUACACGUUCCUCUCUUCCGACCUGACCGCUAUCUGGAAGCAGGGGGCAGGCCAAGACAUCACCUCUCAGCUCGGGCCGAUACUGGCGGCGAUGAAUGAGACAUACCGCGAUCAGAACGUGAACUGCAUACAGAAUAUGUUCUAUUGGGGCGAGGUCGACUUCCGCAGCACUGCGCGGUGCCAAGUGCAGAAUGUCAUGUUAUUGGUCUUCACGGCGAUCAUCAUGGCUUCCAUGGGUCUCAAGUUUCUUGCCGCGCUCCAGUUCUCAACGAAUGGUACCCCGGAGAUGUUGGACAAGUUCGUCAUUUGCCAGGUGCCUUGCUACACUGAGGGUGAAGAAUCCUUGCGGCGUACGAUCGACUCGCUGGCGGCGCUGAACUACGAUGACAAGCGCAAGCUCAUUUUCGUCAUAUGUGACGGCAACAUUAUCGGUACCGGUAACGAUCGUACGACGCCCCGCAUCGUGCUCGACCUUCUUGGUAUCGAUCCCAAGCUGGAUCCCGAGCCUCUGCUGUUCAAGUCAGUAGGAGAGGGGUCGAAGGCAUUGAAUUAUGGCAAGGUUUAUUCUGGUUUAUACGAGUUUGAGGGCCAUGUCGUUCCGUACAUCGUCGUGGUCAAGGUUGGCAAACCCACGGAACGGACGAAGCCUGGCAACCGUGGAAAGCGUGACAGUCAGAUCCUAGUCAUGCAGUACCUGAAUCGAGUGCACUUCGACGCACCGAUGACACCGCUGGAGCUUGAGAUUUAUCACCAGAUGCGCAAUGUCAUCGGAAUUGACCCAGCGUUCUACGAGUACAUUUUCACUAUUGAUGCUGAUACGGCUGUUACGCCGGAUUCGCUCAAUCGCUUGGUUGCUGCUGCCGCGGACGAUUCGAGCAUUAUAGGAAUAUGCGGUGAGACAAGACUGGAUAACGAGGAGGGCUCCUGGUGGACAAUGAUCCAGGUCUACGAAUACUACAUCUCGCACCACUUGGCCAAGGCGUUCGAGAGCUUGUUCGGCUCAGUAUCCUGUCUCCCUGGGUGUUUCUCUAUGUACCGCAUUCGUACUGCCGACAAAGGUCGCCCCGUCAUCAUAUCGAGCCGGAUCAUUGAAGAGUAUGCCGAGCCGAACGUGGACACGCUGCACAAGAAGAACCUGCUCUCUCUCGGAGAAGAUCGAUUCUUGACGACAUUGAUGCUGAAGCAUUUCCCGACAUUCAGGACCAAGUUCACAUCCGCUGCUCUCGCUCGUACCAUCGCGCCAGAGUCGUGGCGUGUGCUGUUUUCUCAGCGUCGGCGAUGGAUCAAUUCCACUGUGCAUAAUCUGUGCGAAUUGGCGUUCCUGCCUGAGUUGUUCGGCUUCUGCUGUUUCUCCAUGCGGUUCUUCGUGUUCAUUGACCUGCUGGGAACGCUGAUUCUGCCAGCUACGGUCAUCUACUUGCUCUACCUCAUCAUCGACGUCUCUUUGGGCAAGUCUGAGUUCCCGCUCAUUUCCAUCAUCAUGAUCGCGUCCGUCUACGGCUUGCAGGCUAUCAUCUUCCUGCUCAAGCGGGAGUUCAUGCUAAUCGGGUGGAUGGUUGUAUACCUCCUUUCAUACCCGGUCUACAGCUUCUUCUUGCCUAUCUAUUCAUUCUGGUGUAUGGAUGACUUUAGUUGGGGUAACACGCGUCUCGUCAUCGGCGAAGGCAAUAACAAGAAGGUCAUCAUGAACGACGAUGAGAAAUUCGAUGACUCGAUGAUCCCAAUGAAGAAGUUCAGCGAAUAUGAGGCGGAAGCGUGGGAGACAGGUUCGCGUCACUCAGAGGAGACAGGCUAUAGCAGCAAACCUCACUCGAGGUCCCGCGGCCCUGGAUCAAGGUCUCAGUCGCCGUAUCAACCUUCUUCACAAGCUGGUGACUAUUACAGGGACACGAACCCACUCGGUCACAAGAGCUCCAACCCGAGCUUCAGGCAGUCGCAGAGCAACCUCUCCCAGUAUGCCGGUCAGCCUGUGAUGUCGCAGUACAGCCUGCCGCAGAUGCCGUUGAGACCAGGGUCUGUUGCUGGGUCGGACUUCCGCUAUCCGUCCAUGCCUGCGUCGAUGCCCUACCAGCACACCGGUAGCAUGUACGGUGCCAUGCCCAUGGCCCCUCGCAAUACUGUUAUGACCAACCUCAAUAUGUUCGGAGGCGAUGGAGACAUGAGUGGGUCGCAGUCUGGCUUCGCGCCUCCUACAAUGUCGAUGGCCCAUCGUCCGAUGUCGACCUUCUCUCUUGCGACAUCGGUGAAUCCUUUUGCUGGGCCGAGUCUGAACCCCAACCCCAAUGAUGAUGAACUCUUCAAUGCUCUGCGCACAUAUCUCAGCACGCAGGACCUCAUGACCGUUACGAAGAAGACCGCUCGGGAAGCCAUCCAGGCACGGUUCCCUAAGGCAGAUCUCUCGAAUAGAAAGCAAUUCCUGAAUGACUCGAUUGACAAGAUCCUCUCCGAGUCGUGAUCAUCUCACGGACUUUGAUCGCAUUUGGUUGUCGGUCGUUACAUGGACGAGAACAUACGUUGGGACAUUACAUCUUUUUGGACUAGUGAAUCUGCCUCAUGAUCUUUGCUGCAUCGCACUUUGGACUUGGUAUCGCAUCAUCGAUUUUCUACAGCAGCGUAAUGUCGUUCGUACACUAUGGGAUAGUUUGCUGCUCGUUUCGAUGAGGAACGUUUGUACAGUACAGACUCUGGAUAACAUAGUGUACGCUUUAUUAUAUUUCAACUAAAAGCUCGAGGCCACAUCACAUGCU